GUUUUAAUGUUGCACGAGAGAAUUUGUUGGUGAACACUUAAAACAUGUUUUUGUGAACUCAACUGAAAUGAACAGUUCAUUUAUUGUUCAUGAUUAUAUCAUAUUUCAUUCAUGCGUGCAAAACUUCAUGGUGUAUGUGUUAACAUAUUGGUUUUUAAAUUUGUUUUGUGGCGAUAGUUUUAUACAAAUACAUAGAAGAAAGGAAUUACUUUAAAUUCGAUUUAAUCAAGUAAAUUCAAUUAUUUAAUUAUUGAACGUUUUAGUCCUUAAAUGAUUUAAGAAAAAUCAUUUGAUAACUUACUACUUAUAUUUGUGUAUGAAAACGUCUUUAAAAUAAUGGAAAAUGCAGACGUUACUUGCUGAAUUCUGAUUAGUUAUAGUUAUUUUUCUCUAUUACAGUUGAAAAGUUUAAACGAACUUAAAUGUAAAUAGCAUGAAUACAUAUUUCCGCUUUUUUCUAGUGUACAAAUUAUCCUCAAAGAUUUCAUAAAAGAUAUUUUUGUAUAGAUACGACGGUUUCUUAAGCAGGAGCAGGUGUAUAACAAAACAACUUUAUAACUUCCUUCUUAAACUCGCUAGCUUUUUAACAGUGUAAGUGUAAAAAUGUACGGACUGCAUCUAACAAUAGAAUGAAAUGAUUUUAUCUAAAAUCAUGGCUACCAGUACUGUAAACAACAUUAAUUACAUUGAUUUAAGUGAUAAAACCGAGACAUACAAAGUGCAAUUAUUACACAGUGCAGUGGAAUCAGGCUCCAUGGAGAUUUUGGAAUUGUUACUGUUACAUGGAUGCGGAAUUAACCAAUCAGAUUUUAAGGGAGUUACACCAUUGAUGAACGCUGUGAAAAAUGACAAUGAAACAGUUGUGAGAUAUCUUUGUAAUAAUCAUGCAGACUUUAAUCAACCGUCGAAAAAUGGCGAGACUCCACUUUAUAUAGCCUGUGAACGAAUGAAUAGUAAAAUUGUUGAAAUACUUUUGGACGCAGGAAGUGACGUCAAUGCCACUACUAACAGCCUUCACGCGCAAACUGGAAGUUCGCCUUUAAUGGCUGCUCUUCCGUCAUCAUAUGAAAUACAUGUGAAGAAGAAGAAAAAAACAGAAUCUUUGUACAUAAUAAAGCUCUUAUUAUCGCAUGCUUGUAACAUAAAUGCACAGAACUGGGCCGGAAACACGGCACUUCAUAUCGCUGCAGAUCGUAGUGACCUUCAGACUAUAAGUUUGUUGUCUGAAAACGGUGCUAAUCUUCAUAUACGUAAUAACUUUGGCCUGACGGCAUUUGAAGAGGCUAUACAACCAAACAUACAGCGUUAUGAUGUAGCAACAGUUCUUCUACUGUACGGAUAUGACUUUCAUAUAAUCAAACCAAAAAUACAUCCGGUGAUAUCUAUUCUAAAGGGAUUUAGUACUGAUAAAUCAGGGUGUUUUUCGACUUCUAAAUUCACGAGAAAAACUUUGUUAGAGCUUCUUUUGCAUGUUGUAUGUUUAAAUGCUGAAUUAGAGCAAGAGGUAUGUAGAUUUUUAGAAUACUGCAAGGACAUUGAACCACGUGACAAGUAUUAUUUCGAGCAAUUUCUUGCCAUGAAAAAUCCGAGCCGUCUUCAGGAAAUAUGUAGAUUUGUUAUCAGAAGAGCAAUAUUCACAAAUCUUCUUCGAGGAAUAAAUCGCCUUCCAAUCGCCAAAGGUUUAAAACAAUUUUUAGCUUUUAAUUUUGAUGUGGAUAGGAAUGACCCAAUGAAAUGUUUCCAAUUAACUACUGCUAUAUUGGAAAAUGAUGAAGAUCAGGUAAAACAACUGAUUGCUGAUGGUAUAGACUUAAACUUUUCACUGUCUCAUCAUACACCACUCACAGAAGCAGCAUUAUUGGGGCACUCCGUAUUCUGUACCUUGCUUCUAGAAAAUGGCGCGGAAGUCGACUUGUAUGACAAUACUGGUAUGACAGCUUUACAUAUAGCAUCGUCCAAUGGACAUCAGUGUGUAGUAGAAAUCCUGCUUCAGUAUGGUGCUUGUAUCAAUAAAAUUUGCAAAUUUGAAGCAGAAAACUCUGUGACAAAGGCAGCAGCCAAUGGACAUUUUAAAACAAUGAUUUAUCUGGUAGAAAAUGGCGGGAAUCCUAAUGUACGAACAAGUGAUGGAAGGUAUGUAAUUCAUUUAGCGGCAGCCAGUGGAAGUGCUGAAGCAAUUAAGAUUUUAGUAGCGCGUGGUAUAGCACCUGAAUCACGUGAUUGUGAUCUGAAUACACCAUUGCAUCUAGCAGCGUCAAGUGGUCUGCUGUAUAAAAAUGAUGAAAUUAACUUUCAGGACAAUUUAAUAGAUGCCAAUUUUCAUGAAAGUAUCCGAUUACUGCUGAGUGCUGGAGCAAACAGAUUUGCUACAAAUCAUUCCAACAAAACUCCGGCUGAAGUCGCGGCCAUAUACUCAGAUAAUAGCAUAGCUGUGUUAUUAAAAUAAAA